UGAUUUCCUGAAUACUGGAGUAAAACACUUCGACCGAAAAAAACCACAAGAGGAGCCCGCGGGUUUCAAAAUUUCCCCAAAAAUUCUCUCCCCCCGCAACCUCCGCCUCCUCUCCUCUGCAUCUCGCCGCCCCCUCUUCUCCUGCUUCCAGAAGCUUCUGGAAUCCUCUCCCGCGCGGAUGGAGAACCUCAACGUCAAGCUCCACAAAAAGUACACCGGCCUCAAGAAGCGGAAGCUGCUCGACGACGAUGGGACGGAGCGGAAGCGGGAGCCCGAGAUGUUGGAAGAGCUGAAGAAGAUGGCAGGCGAGGUCCAGAACCUCCGGGACGAGAACGACCGCCUCCGUGACGAGCUGAUCAACAAAGAGAAGCAGCUCGCGGAGACGCGGAUACUUUUAGUGGAUAGGGAGCAGCAGCUUGCAGAGACCCAAACACUUUUAGUCGAUGAGACUAGGAAGGAAAAGGAGUUUGAAACUGAGAUUUUGAGGCUUAAGAGUCUGUUUGCUGAGAAGAAUGAUACAGAUAAUUAUACAACUCCGGUGUCUCCUGCGACAAUACCAGGAGUGGUCAUACAGAAUCAAACUCCAGUUUCGCCUGCAAAAAGGACACCAAAGUCGAACAGAGCGAACAAAGUACCGUCCAGUGCAAAUGCCAUUGUCCAUCAUGGUAACUUUCACAAUGAAGCUAGGGAGCUGGACUGCUGUAGAAGAGAUAUGCACAGCUCAGGGAAUGGGAACGAGGAAAGUUCUAGUUGUGUGUAUCAUAUGCUGGCUGAAUCUUUAGUUGGCAUGAAAUUAUCAUUGAAGAAUGAAAUGGAAGGAUUUUCACUUUUAUUUUACCAUGAAUCUAGCGGUUAUAAUUUCACUCUUACAUGGUUAGAGCAACCUCAUGGUGGUGAAUGGGUCUACAGUUACUCUUCACUGGGCACGUUGGAGAGGGUCGCUUUGAAGUGGCUGAAAGUACAGAACAUAAGGUUCGGCAUGACCAUGUGCCCUGUGUUCUUUCAGCAGAUAUUGCGACUCCUUGGACAAGUCUACUAAACUGUAAAGUAGUGUAAAGAAAAUGGCUUCUAAUAGCGGGGUGGCCAAUGGACGUCACGUACUGUCAUUCUCAGUCAUAGGCCAGCCUAUGAUAAUUCGAAACAUGUUUUUAGUUUAGUAUUUUUCACGUGUCAUGGCCUUAACCUGCUUGAAUCGAUCCAUGUUUUGUUUUUGAGAACAUCCAUGAUUUCUCAUAUAAAGUAGUGUAAAGAAAAUGGCCACGCGGGAGCCGGUCAGGCCAAUCCUUAUUGGGUGCAAUCAGUCCAAAUUAAAGCUUAUAUUGAUGUUCAAGAGGCCUAUCCAAUUCUUCGAUCAUGUUCUAGUACUUGAGGUGCACCGCAGAGUUUUCAUGUAAUAUAUGCCUUUGAGAUUUUGAUGUA